AUGGAACCUCCUGCUCAAAUCUCUUGUUCCGGCAACUGCCUCGUCCAUCUCCACUCAGCUUCCGGCAAAGCCUGGUUGCAGCGCCACUACUGCCCUUUCCAGCGACAUGUCGGCCCCGACGGCAUUUCCCGCUUCUGGGUCUCCAUAGGCAAUAACGAGGCAACAUACCUUUCCGCCCAUGAAAUCCUCACAUCUCAUUUCCAGAGCCAGAUAGCCACCUUCGAACGCCUCCACGGACAACGAGUCCAAAACAUUGUCGUCUUAAUCCCUGCCAGCAGCAAACCCCGCCGGUAUCAAUCACGACUCUCCGCCAUCGCCGCCGCCGCAGGAGUUCGCAUUGUCCAUUCCAUCCAAAGAUCGGUUCUUGCCGCAUCCGCUUACAGAUCUCUCAGUACCACCGGACGCAGAACCGUCCUCGUAUUCGAACUCGGAGGUCAAUUCCUUGAAAUCUCUCUGCUCACUGAAGAUCAAGAUCGGGGUCUAAAUAUAAUGGCCGCUGUUUCCGACAUGUAUUGCCCACUCUUCAACCACAUGGUUUCAGAGCUUCCUUUGAGUUUCGGCGACGACUUCGACGCCGUCUUUCUCCAUAACAUCCAAACGGAAUGCGAGCGCGCCAAGGACGCCCUAUGUUUGGGCUCGGCUACCGCGGAGGUUAAGAUCGAGGAACAAGGCAUGGAGAUGAGACAAUUGGUCGAACGGGAAUGGUUAGUGCAGAUGAAUCUCGAGCGACUUCGCUCCGAAAUCAUGAGGUGCUUGAGGGAAGCCAGAGUCAGUCGGGAAGCAGUGGAUGAGGUCGUGCUCGCCGGUGCUUCCAGUAACAUACCGGAGGUCCGAAGAGUUCUUCUAGAGUUCUUUCAAGAGCACAAGUUAAGAUAUAGCAUCGACCCUGCAAACCUUAUGAGCUUGAGUUCCCAGCAAUACAUGAAUAAUAUCUCCAGCACAUUAAAUAUCCCUGUGGCAAUUUUUGAGGGUUUAAAUUUGGGGCUGCACGCUCUUUGA